UCGAGGGGACCCAUAUCAAAGACGUACACAGCCUGCAAGUCGCAAAAAUCCAAAUUACAAACCGUUGGCAGUUAUUAGCUGUAAUUUCGCCACGACAUGGGAGAGCAGCCUCUGAGAGUCCUGGCAUGUGGUGAUGUUGAGGGCAGGGUGAAUGCUCUGUUCAACCGAGUGCAGACCAUCCAGAAGAAGAGUGGCCAGUUUGAUCUCCUGCUGUGUGUUGGGGAGUUUUUUGGAGUCACACCGGAGGCCGAGGCCGAGUGGCACCAGUACAAAUCUGGAGCCAAGAAAGCUCCCAUCCACACUUACAUCCUUGGAGCAGCCAGCCAGGAGACAGUCAAGUAUUUCCCCAGUGCAGAUGGCUGUGAGCUGGCUGAAAACAUCACCUACCUAGGUCGUCGGGGUGUGUUCACAGGGGCAUCAGGCCUGCAGAUAGCCUACGUUAGCGGUAGAGAGGCCCUCCAGGAGCCGGCCCCUGCCCACUGCUUCACACCCAAAGACCUGCUGACCCUGGUGGAGUCGCUGACCAACAACUCCAAGUUCAGAGGAGUGGACAUCCUGCUGACGUCUCAGUGGCCCCGAGGAGUGUGGCAGUACGCCAAUAACCCGGAAGUGAACACUAAGUUCUGUGGGACGAGCUCUGUCGCCAGACUGGCUGAGAAACUGAAGCCACGCUACCACUUUGCUGCACUAGAGGGCGCUCAUUACGAACGACUGCCAUACAGGAACCACAUGGUCCUUCAGGAGAAUGCGCAGCAUGUCAGCCGCUUCAUCGCCUUAGCAACUGUCAACAACCCUGCCAAGAAGAAGUAUCUGUAUGCCUUCAACAUAAUUCCCAUGAAGACUAUGGAUCCGUCAGAGCUGGUGAAGCAGCCUCAGGACGUCACAGAAAACCCAUACAGACGCUCUGGGAAAGACGAGGCCGAGCUGCACAAACACACCAGCGGCUUCCAAAGUGCAGGGGCCGAGGAGCCAGCCUGCCAGUUUUUCUUUGACCUGAGCAAAAAGCAGGGCGGGGGUGGCCGCGGCAGGAAGAGGCACUCAGAGGGGGACAGGCAUCAGCAGGGACAGCCGCAUGAUGGAGACAGGCACCACCAGGGACAGCCCAAACAGCCUCGCAGGCCCCCUCAGCCCACUGGGCCCUGUUGGUUCUGUCUGGCCAGUCCUCAGGUGGAGAAACACCUGGUCAUCAGCAUAGGAACACAUUGUUACCUGGCUCUGGCUAAAGGGGGUCUGACCCCCCAGCACCUGCUGAUCCUCCCCAUCGGACACUACCAGUCUGUGGUGGAGCUGAGCUCCGACGUGGUGGAGGAGAUGAACAGGUACAAAGCUGCCCUGAGGAGCUUCUACAAGAGCAGAGGGCAGCGCUGUGUGCUGUUCGAGAGGAACUACAGGAGCCAGCAUCUGCAGCUGCAGGUCGUCCCGGUGCCAUUAAGUCACUGCACCACUGAGGACAUCAAAGAGGCCUUCAUGGUCCAGGCCCAGGAACAGCAGAUGGAGCUGAUGGAGAUUCCUGAACACACAGACCUCAAACAGAUUGCUCCUCCAGGGACUCCAUACUUCUAUGUGGAGUUGGACUCGGGGGAGAAACUCUACUACCGCAUCCAGAAGCAUUUCCCUCUGCAGUUUGGCAGGGAGGUGCUGGCCAGCGAGGCGGUGCUGAACAUCCCGACCCGUGCAGACUGGAAGGAGUGUAAGCAGAGCAGAGAGGAGGAGGAGGAGUGCAGCAGGCGACUACGAGACGAAUUCCAACCAUAUGACUUCGCCUUGGACGACUAACACACACACACACACACACACACACACACACACAGAUAUAGUGACUCCCACACACAGAACAGCAGGGUUGUUGAUGUUAAUUUGUUUUUGUUUUGUUUAUGUUUUUUUGUAUGCACACACACACACUGUUGUAGGCCUUGAGGAUUAAUGUGCAGAAUACAGCCCAGUAAAGAAGAGACCCGCUUAUUAUGCUGUAAAAACAGUCAUUGGUAAUAUGCAGAACUUUGCAUUUCUGGAUCCAUUUGGGCCAAAAUUGCAUGAGGUGCAAGCCAUUCUGUGUUUCUUUCCAGAGCCGCCAUUUUGCAGUGCAAUACAGUGUGCACUCUGGGAAACCACAAACUUAAGUAGAAGUAGAUAAAGCAGGUUGAAGCUCACUAAGAAAUGGUAAGUUAUAACACUUUGAUUACCAAAUAACGGCUGAAAUGAACUGGACAUCACAAACUUACAUGGAAGAGGAUCUCUAAAUGGAUUUUUUUCCCCUAGGAAAUAGUGAAUGUUUAGAACAGCAAAUGUAAAAGCAUUCAUCAACUGACUACAGCUGGAAUCACUAUUAUGGCAUAUCAGUCGGAUAUGGAGGAUAGUAAAAGGGCCACUUUGUUAUGAAUGUGUAUCAAGUAUUAUUUUAAGAAACAAGUGUAAAAAAAAAAAAAAAGCUUGGGACCAUUCUAAAUUUUUAGUCCGUUCCACUCAGUUCAUUUCAGUUCAGUGUCUCCAGGCUUAAACAUGUUUUUAUUCUCUUCUCAGCCUGUCUCAUGUCUGUCUUCACUGAAGUGCCACUGCUAAAAGUGUUUCUUUGGGUCAUGUUUUGCCACGCAAUUAAGGUGAAUGGUAUUUAAAAUGUGUCAUUUAUGUGGUCUCUUGAAGAGCUGUGUAUGGAAAAAGUCAGUUCGGGCAGAGUGGCGAUGCUACAGAUUGCCAGAAGUCCAUUUAAGCCACUGUUUUUAUACACUGAAUCCACUUCCAGCAGCGCAGUUGUUAAAUGACUGCUUCACAAUUUAUUUUAGAUCCACGCAGAUUGAGGAGAAACUGAUCCCUGCACCUCAGUGUCACAACUUUUAUAGGUCCAACACUUAGACCCAGUCACUUUAAACACAGAUGGUCAACAGCGCUUUUCUAUCAACAUUUUUACAGGGACUCUUAUUUGGUUUUUACUUUUAAUUCAAAGAAAAAUGUUUUUAAAGCUAUUUCUGUCAAGAUCCUCUGUGUACAGAUUUACUUUAUUUUGUAUGUGGAUUAUAAUUAAAGUCUCAUUUUGUA